AUGACUUCAUGUUCUGAGCUUGUAGAUUCCAAGGCUGAGCUCACUGCUUUGCUAGAGCAAUGGGAGAAAGAUCACGGCAGUGGUCAAGACAUGGUUCCUAUUCUUACCCGAAUGUCAGAAUUGAUUGAAAAGGAGACAGAAGAGUAUCGCAAACGAGAUCCAGAUCCAUUUGAUGAUAGGCAUCCCGGUCGAGCAGACCCAAAAUGUAUGCUUGGACACUUGCUGAGGAUUCUUUUCAAGAAUGAUGAUUUCAUGAAUGCACUGGUAAAUGCUUAUGUCAUGACAAGCAGAGAACCACCACUGAACACAGCUGCCUGCCGACUCCUGUUGGACAUUAUGCCUGGGCUGGAAACUGCUGUGGUCUUUCAGGAGAAGGAAGGCAUUGUUGAGAAUCUCUUCAAGUGGGCACGAGAAGCUGAUCAGCCUUUAAGGACAUUUGCAACUGGAUUGCUUGGAGGUGCCAUGGAGAAUCAAGAUAUUGCCGCCAACUAUAGAGAUGAGAAUUCCCAACUGGUGGCCUUUGUCCUUCAACGUUUACGAGAGCUGCAAGUCAUUGAAAUGAAUACAAAACAUGAAAAUAAGCGUCCCAGUCCUCGAAAAGUGCCAUCCGACCCCUUGCUGCCUCUAGAUGAAGAAGCUGUGGACAUGGAUUAUGGGGAGAUGGCUGUGGAUGGUGAGCAGGAGGAAGUGACAGGGGACAUGGAGAUUUCAUUUAACCUUGACUCAAAUCACAAGACGAGUAGUCGGGUAAAUUCUGCUGUCAAAAAAUCAGGGAAGCAACACGAAAAGGAGAAUUUCCGGAAAGCAAAACAAAAACUCGGCUUCUCUUCUGAAUCAGAAAGGAUGUUUGUUGAACUAUCUAACAGCAGCUGGUCUGAGAUGUCUCCUUGGGUGAUUGGCACAAAUUAUAACCUCUGUCCUUUGACCCCUGCCAUAGAGCAAAGACUGAUCCUGCAGUAUCUGACUCCUUUAGGGGAGUAUCAAGAGUUGCUGCCUAUCUUCAUGCAACUUGGAUCAAGAGAGUUGAUGAUGUUCUAUAUUGACUUGAAACGGACCAAUGACGUGCUGCUUACUUUUGAAGCCCUUAAGUAUUUGGCAUCUCUGCUGCUCCACAACAAGUUUGCAACGGAGUUUGUUGCGCACGGAGGAGUACAGAAGCUGCUGGAGAUUCCUCGCCCUUCUAUGGCAGCCACAGGUGUCUCCAUGUGUUUAUACUAUUUGUCUUACAAUCAGGAUGCCAUGGAAAGGGUAUGCAUGCAUCCCCACGUAUUAUCGGAUGUUGUGAACUACACCUUGUGGUUGAUGGAAUGCUCUCACGCAUCAGGCUGCUGCCAUGCCACCAUGUUCUUUUCCAUUUGUUUCUCAUUCCGUGCAGUUUUAGAGCUCUUUGACAGGCAUGAUGGCUUACGGCGUCUGGUUAACUUGAUUAGCACUCUUGAUAUCUUAAAUUUGCAAACCCAAGGUGCACUGCUAAGUGACGAUGAGAUCUUUGCUAGCCGUCAGACUGGAAAACAUACUUGCAUGGCCAUGCGCAGGUAUUUUGAGGCACAUCUUGCCAUCAAAGUAGAGCAAGUGAAGCAGUCACUUCAACGCACAGAAGGUGGGAUUCUGGUCCAUCCACAGCCUCCAUAUAAGGCUUGUUCCUAUACUCACGAACAGAUUGUGGAAAUGAUGGAGUUUUUAAUAGAAUAUGGACCAGGUCAGCUCUAUUGGGAUCCAGCAGAGGUGUUUCUCAAGCUGUGUUGUGUACAGCUCAUGCUUCAACUUAUUUCAAUAGCAUGCAAUUGGAAGACUUACUAUGCAAGAAACGACACGGUGCGUUAUGCAUUGGAUGUUUUGGCCAUCCUCACUGUGGUUCCAAAAAUCCAAUUACAGUUAGCUGAGGCAGUGGAUACGGUGGAUGAGGGAGGAACAUCUAUUUCUAUUGUGGGUAUCAGCAUCAUCUUGGGGCUUGCCGAGGGGGAAUUCUUUAUUCAUGAUGCAGAAAUCCAGAAAUCUGCCCUUCAGAUCAUCAUUAACUGUGUCUGUGGUCCAGACAAUCGCAUCUCCAGCAUUGGCAAAUUUAUCUCUGGCACUCCUCGUCGCGCACUCCCCCAAACACCCAGGAGUAGCGAGCAUACUUUGGCCAAGAUGUGGAACGUGGUGCAGUCGAACAAUGGCAUCAAAGUGCUAUUAUCAUUGCUCUCUGUCAAAAUGCCCAUUACAGAUGCAGACCAGAUCCGAGCCUUGGCCUGCAAAGCCCUGGUUGGGCUGUCACGGAGUAGUACAGUCCGGCAGAUCAUCAGCAAGCUGCCCCUGUUCAGCAGUUGUCAGAUCCAGCAGUUAAUGAAGGAGCCUGUGCUGCAGGAUAAGCGCAGCGAGCAUGUCAAGUUUUGCAAAUACGCUGCGGAGCUGAUAGAGCGCGUCUCAGGAAAACCCUUGUUGAUUGGGACUGAUGUCUCUUUGGCCCGGCUGCAGAAGGCAGAUGUGGUGGCUCAGUCAAGGAUUUCAUUUCCUGAGAAGGAGCUGCUCCUUCUCAUCAGGAACCAUCUCAUCUCUAAAGGGCUAGGAGAAACUGCUACCAUCCUUACAAAGGAGGCAGAUCUGCCCAUGACAGCAGCUUCUCAUUCCUCUGCCUUCACCCCGGUUCCUGCCACUUCAUCUCCUGUAACUCUGCCUCGUACCCCUCGCAUAGCAAAUGGCAUUGCAGCCCGGUUGACUAACCAUCCUUCUGUUGCUUCUGGUGCUUCCUCCGUUCACCCUCAGCCAAGGCCAGCUGUCUGCCAGGCCCCGCUUGCGCUGCCAGGCCCAUCUCAUGCCACCAACACCCCAGUGAUUGGCAGGAUUAGCUUUGUCCGAGAGAGACCAUCUCCCUGCAAUGGCAGAAAAAUCCGAGUGCUUCGGCAAAAAUCAGACCAUGGCGCCUACUGUCAGAGCCCAGCUAUCAAAAAACAGCUGGACAGACACCUUCCUUCCCCUCCCACCUUGGACAGUAUAAUCACAGAGUACCUUAGGGAGCAGCAUGCACGCUGCAAAAACCCUGUAGCUACUUGCCCCCCCUUUUCUCUUUUUACUCCCCACCAGUGUCCUGAGCCAAAACAGAGGCGCCAAGCGCCAACUAACUUUACCUCGCGGCUGACCCGCAGGGCAGCCUUCCCAAAGUAUGGCGGGGUAGAUGGUGGAUGCUUUGAUAGACACCUUAUAUUUAGCAGGUUCCGUCCAAUUUCUGUGUUCCGAGAAGCAAAUGAAGAUGAAAGUGGCUUUACGUGUUGUGCAUUUUCUGCACGGGAGCGGUUCCUGAUGUUGGGCACCUGCACAGGGCACCUAAAACUCUACAAUGUCUUUAGCGGGCAGGAGGAGGCCAGCUACAAGUGCCAUAACUCUGCUAUCACACACCUUGAGCCAUCCAGGGAUGGUUCUUUAUUGCUGACAUCUGCUUCCUGGAGCCAGCCGCUUUCUGCAUUGUGGGGAAUGAAAUCUGUCUUUGAAACCAAGCAUUCCUUCACGGAUGACCAUUAUGUUGAGUUCAGUAAGCAUUCUCAAGAUAGGGUCAUUGGCACCAAAGGGGAUAUUGCCCAUAUCUAUGAUAUUCAGACUGGCAACAAGCUCUUGACUUUGUUUAACCCAGAUCUUGCAAACAACUACAAGAAGAAUUCUGCCACCUUUAACCCAACAGAUGACCUUGUCUUAAACGAUGGUGUCCUCUGGGAUGUUCGCUCUGCACAGGCUAUUCAUAAAUUUGAUAAAUUCAAUAUGACCAUCAGUGGUGUUUUCCACCCAAAUGGAUUGGAGGUCAUAGUGAACACAGAAAUUUGGGACUUGCGGACUUUCCACUUGUUACAUACAGUGCCUGCUCUGGAUCAAUGCCGUGUUGUUUUCAACCAUACUGGGACAGUUAUGUAUGGAGCUAUGCUACAAGCAGAUGAUGAAGAUGAUCUGCUGGAAGAAAAAAUGCGAAGUCCUUUUGGGUCAUCCUUCAGGACAUUCAAUGCAACAGACUACAAACCAAUUGCCACCAUUGAUGUGAAAAGAAACAUCUUUGAUCUAUGUACGGACACAAAGGAUUGUUAUUUAGCUGUUAUCGAGAACCAAGGAAGUAUGGAUGCCAUGAACAUGGAUACCGUUUGCAGGCUUUAUGAAGUGGGCAGGCAGCGUUUGGCAGAAGAUGAGGAGGAUGAGGAAGAAGAUCAGGAGGAGGAGGAACAGGAAGAAGAUGAUGAUGAAGAUGAAGAUGAUACUGAUGACUUAGAUGAGCUGGACACUGAUCAAUUGCUGGAGGCUGAUCUGGAGGAAGAAGAGAACAAUGAGAAUGCGGGCGAGGAUGGGGAAAACGACUUCUCCCCUUCCGAUGACGAGGAAGUGGCCAACCUGCUUGAAGAGGGAGAUGGAGAAGAUGACGACUCUGAUGCAGAUGAGGAAGUUGAGCUGAUCCUUGGUGAUACCGACAGCUCAGAUAACUUGGAUCUGGAAGACGACAUAAUCCUGUCUCUGAACGAAUGAGGCGCAGUCUUCCCUCUGGGACUUUGGCAGCGGAGAAGCCCCCGACUCGGAAGCCAAGAGAGCCAAUCAAGAGGCGAACACCAGGCCACCCUCUCAGCUUCUUCUACUUGGCAGAAAUCCAGUCCUUCCAGUUUUGCAGUGGACAGACCUGGG